UAGUGUUUAUGGGUGUUUUGGUGGGUCUCUGCGUGGACAGAGCAGCCCCUCGGCGGAUCACUCUUCUAUUUAUAGGGAGAACAAAUCCCAGAUAUGAGAGGAAUCCUUCUGACGCUUCUGAGGCAGAGAGCAGAGAAACGUGAAUGAAGGUGUAGAGCUGCUGUGAUAGAGCUGGGACGCCGGUCGGUCAGCGGACUCACCUGGAGGAUUAUGUCCAAACCCUCGACCAACGUGAAGGCCCUGCAGGCUAAUCUGAACAUCCCGAUGGGGGCGCUGCGUCCAGGGGCGGGGCUUCCUGUGAAACGGAGAGAAGAGACGGCCCACAUGGAGGAGGUUCCUCCAGAGCCGAGCUGCUGCCCACCAGUCCAGACGCCAGAGGAGAAGAAGGCGUUACCAGGAGCGGCGAAGCUGCCUGGACCUGCAGUUAACCUGUCAGAGCUGCAAAACGUGAAGAGCGAACUGCGAUGGGUCACCAAGGACUGACAGGAUUCUCCUGCAGGUUGUUGGAGACGGACGUGAUCUCUGCAGGACUACCCUCUGGAAAACCAGAACCAGACCUCAGUUUGCUGCAUCCCCUCCAACCUCUUCCUUUCCCCGGUUUAUCCUUCAUCACAGCUGAUGCCUCCCUUCAGCUAUCGCUAAAGCCCUUCUGGAGACACGUCUGCUGCAGAAACGGCGUUCCUGUGACUCUGAGGAGCCGUUUGGACGUUUUCAUGGACCGCUUCUAGAAGAUUCUCAGAACGCUGUUCAUGGAUCCUGUUUGAUGAAAGCAGGCGCUUUUGUGUUUCUUUGGAUUUCCACAGAAAUAUAAAGUUAUUUUGUGUUUUCAUUUGACUUCUUUGUGCUAAAAACAUCUGGAAUAAGUUCCUGUAAAUGUUGAUCCUGCAUGACGAGAAAAACUGCUUAUUUAGAGAAUAAAAUCCCUUCUGUGCUCUGGUCUUUAAA